AUGGCACCCGCAAACAAAUAUUCCGUUAUUCUCCCUACAUAUAACGAGCGCAGGAACCUUCCAAUCAUCGUUUGGUUGAUUGAGAAGACAUUCCGUGAGAAUAAACUUAACUGGGAGGUCAUUAUAGUCGACGAUGGCUCCCCUGAUGGCACUCUUGAAGUCGCAAAGCAGCUUCAAGCCGCCUACGGCGCGCAACACAUAGUCUUGAAACCCCGUGAAGGCAAACUCGGUCUUGGAACUGCGUACGUUCACGGCCUCAAAUUCGCUACUGGAAACUUCAUCAUCAUCAUGGACGCGGAUUUCAGUCACCACCCGAAGUUUAUUCCCGAGAUGAUCAAGAUUCAGGAGAGUACCAAGGCGGAUAUCGUUACUGGAACCCGAUAUGCGUCUCGUGGAAACUUGCGGGGCGGUGUAUAUGGAUGGGAUUUGAUCCGAAAACUCACAUCUCGUGGGGCAAACUUGAUCGCUGAUGUCGCAUUGAUGCCAGGCGUGAGCGACUUGACCGGUAGUUUCCGCCUGUACAAGAAACCAGUUCUUGAGAAAGUCAUCAAGGUCACUGAGAGCAAGGGAUACACCUUCCAGAUGGAAAUGAUGGUUCGUGCGAAGGCAAUGGGAUACAAGGUCGAAGAAUGCCCUAUUACCUUUGUCGACCGUGUUUACGGUGAGAGUAAGCUCGGCGGUGAGGAAAUCGUCGAGUAUCUCAAGGGUGUCUUUACGCUGUGGCUAAAGGUUUAA